AUGAUUUGGCACUACAAAAGAUCUGAAGUUGCAGCACGUAAUCUUCGCACAUUUGAUCAGCAAGUCACAGAUGCACUGAAUGCUUUGGCUUCACUCGAUGCCAGGCUUGAUAAAGACACCGUAUUCAAUUAUCAGAAUAUGGCAUCUACCAAGGAUUUCACCCACGACAAUGCCAAGGAGAACCUGAUCACUUCAGUUGACAGCACUUCAAUCAGUGGAGCUACGUAUAAAGCCUUCAACAAUCUGAUAACGUUUUACCAACAACCAGACGUAGAUAUAGCGGAGGUGGUGUCGGCAGAUUGGGAAUCUGCAAUCGACGCAUUUCUGACCUCAGUAAUGGGCACAGCGGUUAUGCAAAGUGCUCAGCAGUUUCUCACCAAGCAAGGAUUUGAAUCUGUUUUCUCUGGAGAGGUGAAAGGCAGCGAUGUGAUUCGUUUCAACAAUUGGUUCCGCUAUUAUCAACAGGAAACUAAUGGCGCAAUCAACUAUCAUGGAUGGUUUACAAAAGAAGCAGUCAGUUUUACAUUAUUUUCGUUUUUUAAAGAUGAGAAAGCCUUGGUUUUCUUUCUUGAAAAUGUGUAA